AUGUCCAAGCCCGUCCCCCUCAGCUCACAGCUCCCGGGGCUGCUCGAGAAGAUGAAGAACGUCGACCCGGACUACCGCAGGGUGAUGGCUCUUGUGGAUCUCAAAAAAGAGCUGGAGAAAAACAUCGCCGCCAAUGGUGUGACAUCAAAUCGUCGCACGGACCCGCACUUCACCGACGACUACACCGAAGGACAGCUGGUAGACAUGGCCCUGAAACUCCUGGCGGACUCCAAUCAGGAAGUCAAGUCGAAUGCUGUCACAAACAUCGCGUUGAUCGUGAAGAAAGCUAGACCAACCUCGCUGUCCAAGAUCAUCUCGUCCCUACUUGAAGAUGUAGCGUCUGGUAAUGAAGAGCGCAGAGAUACUUCCACUUUGGCUCUCAAGAGUGUUGUUCUUGAGAUGCCAUCCUCCGGUUCUCAGGUAUCGGCCGACCUUGAACGCAUCUCUUCCCGCGUCCUUGAACUGUUCAACACGGCCGAUCUCCACCCUCAAAUAGCCUCAGAGCUCCUCCAAACCCUCACCGACCUCUUUACGCGCUUUUCGGCCAACGUAUCCACUUCAACCACCGUCAGCAACUCUUCUCUCUCUGCGCUCAUCAAGAUUCUCUCAACCGCCCGACCCGCAAUCCGCAAGCGUGCCAUCCCGACUCUGGCCUCUCUUGUUGCUGCUAGCCCUGCGCUCUUCAACGAGACUUUGCAAAAGGAGAUCACGGCGGGUGUAUCACAAAGCGGAGAUAGCGGAAGAGUGUGGCUGGGUGUCGUGGCGAGCUUGGCCAAGGGCCCAAACGUUGGGAAUGUUGGAAAGCUCGCGGCGGAGAAGAAGCUUGCCGAAAUCAUUUUGCAGCAGACCAAGAAUCCGGAAGAAGUCGAGACUGUGGAAGCUGCUUUAACUGCUUUAGAAGCUCUUGUCCUCAGGUGCCCCACCGAGAUAGGAGUCUACAUCUCCACCAUCACCCAAAAAUCCUUGGCUUUGUUGAGAUACGAUCCCAACUACGUCAACAAUGGAGACGAUGACGAUGUUGAUAUGGAGAGUGACGAAGAAGAGUAUGAAGAAGAUGACGAGUAUGAGGGCGCAGACUACUCGGACGACGAUGACGACUCUUGGAAGAUUAGACGCUCGGCUGCCCGACUCCUUUUAGCUAUCAUCUCCACCCGCCCCGACCUCCUCUCGGAGAUUUACGGUAGUUCUGCUCCCGUCCUCAUCUCCCGCUUCAGUGAGCGUGAAGAGAGCGUUCGGCUGGAAGUGCUCGCCGCGUUUGAAGUCUUGUUGAAGCAAACCACGGCGCUCAGGACAUCUGAUAUCGUGACUGGUAGUAGGAGCAAACGAAAGAGGAGCGAGGGUAUGGACGAGGACUAUGCUGGUGACGACGGCCCCAUACCCGCUCUUCGUUCCUUGCUUCCUCAGUUGAGUAAAGCUACUCUUACUCAGCUCUCUUCCAAGUCGGUGCCUACCCGACAACAGUGCUUCGUCCUCUUGCGACAGAUGGUUCAAGCUCUUGAAGGAGGUUUGACCGAUUCGGUUGACCCAAUCUGCACUUCCGCUGCAUCGGCUCUCCGAACUGUAGACUCGGCCACCUCCUCUUCUUUGGCCAUUGCCACUUUGUCUUUCUUGGCCGUCUUCUUUGACAACCACCCUGCCAGAGUGUUUGCUACACAUUUGAAAGAUCUGGUCCCUGCUAUUGUCAGAUGCCAAAGGGACAAAUUGCAGAGGAUCAGCUUUGAAGCUUUCGAUACUGCCUCGGCUCUUGCCAAUUCUGCUCGUCCCCUUGGAUCAACCGCUAGUAUUGCCCCGGAACUCGAAAACGCAGUCCGGCUAAUCUUUGAAGCCACCACCGACAUCCUCGGAGACAACACCGUUGACGGCGAUGUCCGUGAAAAGGCCCUGUCCACGCUAGGCAACGUCCUCAUUCACACCGGAGACUUGUUCACCUCCGUAUACUCGGAAUGUCUGGACUUGAUCUCCAACAGGCUCGCUGUGGAAAGUAGUGCCCCCACCGCCAUCUCGGUUAUUGGGCAGGUGGCUUCAUCUCCACUAGUCAAGGGCCCCGAGUUUGAGAAAUGGCUUUUGGAGACCCUCCCUCAGGUCGUGGUGGCCCUUCGCCGUGCCAAGAAGGGGGCGUCCAAGAAUACCGAAUUUGCAUGUCUCGCCAGCAUCCUCGAACGUAUCGGUUCAAGUUUGCCUGAGGAUACAGCUGAAGGUAUCAUUGUCGAGCUUGGCCCUCUGAUCGACACUCCCACCGCCCUACAGACCGCGGCACUCAUCCUCACACAACAGCCCGCCUCUCGCUCUGCUGUCGACACACAGCUCUAUCCCAAGGUUCUUGCGGUUCUCAAGAGCUCUAUCAACCCUCACCUUGUCGAAUCGUUGGUCUCCUUCUUUUCAGCCUACGCUGUGGCCCUUGACGGGUCUUCCCGACAGGCUACCAAGGCCAUACAACAGCUGAUCGGCAACUUGAAUGGCGAAAAGGGGUUGCCCGAUGCGACUCACGGCGGAACAGCCGCGUGGGCUACCACCGCCAAAGGUGUCGGUGCGAUUGUCAAGAAUGUUCCAGCCGCUGCCGCAGAGUCUUUGCAGUCGUUCGAACAGGUGGUCCAGUCUGGCGCCGCUAAUGAGGCCGAUGCCUACCUUGCCCUCUUGUGUGUUGGCGAGAUUGGGCGUGGCACCAACUUGUCUUCUAGACAAGACCUUUUCGCCAAGAUAUUGUCCUACUUCCAGAGCGAGAGUGAAGAAGUCAGGUCUGCUUCAGCUUUUGCUGCUGGUAAUCUCGCUGUCGGGACCCCUGAUGUCUUCCUUCCCAUCAUCAUCAGCAAGGUCGAAUCUGCCGAGAAGGAGUCUGAGCGUCUUUUGCUUUUGCAUGCCGUGAAGGAAGUGAUCCUUCAUUCCUCCAGCGCUCAGCUCGAGGCUAUUGCCGACCGCCUUUGGAAGCCGCUCUUUGCGACCCCUACUUCGGUGGCCAACAAUGCCGAGACCGCCGGUGACGACGGCAUCAGAAAUGUCACUGCAGCAUGUAUCGGAAAGCUUACAAUCACCGCCCCGACCAAGUUCCUGCCUCAAUUGCAACAGCUUCUGCAGUCGUCACCUGCCAAUAGGGCCUUGGUCGCUGCUGCGGUGAGGUAUACUUUCAUUGACACGAGCAAUGGCUACGACGAGUUGAUCUCGCCUAUCAUUGUGGACUUCCUGUCCUUGAUGAAGGAUGAGAACCUGAUUGUUCGACGUCUGUCGCUUGCUUCUUUCAAUGCUGCUAUCCAAAACAAACCUCAUCUGAUCGUGGACAAACUCGAUGCCCUGCAACCCUUACUUUAUGGAGAGACAUUUGUCAGGAAGGAGCUCCAGAGAGAGGUCAUCAUGGGCCCCUGGAAGGUCAUCGAGGACGACGGUUUGGAGAACAGGAAAACUGCAUUCGAAACCAUGUAUACUCUUCUCGGCACUUGCUUUUCCAAAAUCGAUCUCCCCACGUUCACUGACCGCGUGCUUGCCUCCUUGUCAGACGUGAACGAGGUCAAGGUGUUGGGUCUCAUGCUCCUUUUGCGACUCGGACAAACCUCCCCCGAAGUGGUGCAGCCGAGAUUGGACGAGGUCGUUGGUGAAUUCCAAGGAAUGAUGAAGGACGUCGAGGUCAAGGACGACACUGUCAAGCAGGACCUGGAGAGGAAGGCUGAGAUGCAGCGAAGCACUCUCCGAACCGUUGUCCCUCUCUAUCGCGCUUGUAGCGUUCAGCAGGCCCCUGGCUUCCACCAGUUUGUGACUCAGGUCUUGGCAAACGACAAGUGGAAAGAGUUCAAGGACUACCAUGCGUAA